AUGAAGUGGUCGGCGCCCUUCUCAUUUGUUCCGAAGGCGGUUACCUUCAUUACUGCUGCAGUAUAUCUGGCCGUGAUUAUCCCUCUUAUCAUCGUCCAUGAAACCGUUCCGCCCGCUCCAGCCAGUCCAACUCCUUAUGCCGGACUAAAUAUCACCGAAGCUUGGUUGGAUCUUACCCAGUUGACCGAUGGCUACCACCCCUUCAACAGCCGGAGGAAUGAUGAAGUUCGGGAUUGGCUCUUGGCGAGGAUCGGGGAGAUUUUGAGUAGCAAUGGUGUUAGCUGGGAGACGGAUGGCAAAGCAGAUCUCGAACCAAGCCUACUUUCCAAUUCGAUCCCCCAACACCUCCGAUCACGAUCUCCUCCCGCUGCCAUAGUCUUCAAUGACGUCGUCGCCAAUUACACUAGCACCGCCCUUACAAGCAUAGGGGUUACUGGACGCCGAGCUGGUAUUAGUACCUACUUUGAGGGAAACAAUAUCAUCGUAUAUAUCCGAGGUACUGAGGAUGAGGAUGGCCAGUGGUGGGAAGCAGAAACGUCCAGCGACACAGCCAAGGUUCACGGCAAAGGAGGGGUAAUGGUAAAUGCGCAUUUUGAUAGUGUGUCAACUGGAUAUGGUGCCACGGACGAUGGCGUGGGUGUUAUCACUUCGCUACAAUUGAUCAAAUAUUUCACAACUACUGGCAACACGCCAAAGAAAGGAGUCGUGGUUCUGCUCAACAACGGCGAAGAAGAUGGUCUAUACGGGGCAAAGGCGUUUCUGUCACAUCCAAUGGCCUCCUUCGUACACACUUUCUUGAACUUGGAAGGAGCCGGUGCUGGAGGCAGGGCAACGCUGUUCCGUAGCACCGAUACUGAAGUCACCCGCGCCUAUGGCAAGGCUAAGCACCCGUUUGGGACGGUGGUAAGUGCCGAUGGGUUCUCACUAGGCUUUGUGAGGAGCGAGACGGAUUAUGUGGUCUUCCGCGAAGAAGGCUUCCGAGGACUUGACGUGGCAUUCUGGGAACCGAGAGCCCGAUAUCAUACGAAUCAGGAUGACGCGAAACACACCUCUAAGGACUCAUUAUGGCACAUGCUGUCCGCCUCGGUAGAAACAAUGAAGUAUUUGACGUCCGAUUCGAGUAAUACCUUUGUUGGACCACGUGGAGAUGGUGCCAGCCACAAAGUCAAGAAUGGACGAGGAAGCGAUGGGGUAUGGUUUGACCUAUUUGGUCGAGCCUUCGCCGUCUUUGGUCUCCGAACGCUUUUUGCCUGGUCGGUAACCCUACUGGUCGUUUCCCCGCUUGCCAUAAUACUCGUCUCAUAUAUUCUGGCUCGGAAAGAUAAAUAUUACUUCUUCACCGGAUCAGUCAAACCAUAUGGCCAAGAUGAAACUGUCUCUAUAGGGGGUUGGAGAGGAGCUUUCCGGUUUCCCGUGGCUUUCAUCAUUGCAGCCGCGCUGAAUGUCGGAGCUGCAUUUUUGCUCCGAAAGCAGAACCCUCUGAUCAUUUACUCGUCUCAGUAUGCUGUCUGGACCAUGUUCUGCUGCUUGUACUUCUGCACAUAUUGGUUCAUCAUGGCUGGCUGCAACUUUAUGAGACCCUCUGUUUUGCAUCGUGGCUAUGCCCUGUUCUGGAUGUUCCUUUUCGGGUGGGCCAUCCUAGUUGCAGCCACUAUGUUCGAGGACCAGUACCAGAUCAGUGGUGGUUACAUGUUUGUAUUCUAUGAAGCUGCGAUAUUUCUUGCGGCUUUCAUUAGUCUUUGCGAGUUAUUUGCACUUCCCACUAAAGCUUCCCUAGUAGAAGCUGCGCUUGACGAGCAGGAAGCGAGGGAUGCUACUGAUGCUGUCCCGAGCGCUGAUGCAGUUAUUGCCUCAAAUAAUGUCGGCAAUGAUGAUAAUGAUGCAGAGGCUAGUGAGACAACCCCUCUCGUAGGUGGCAACGGGCAUCGGGCUACUAUCGGCACCACAUUUGGGACGGGCUAUCGCAGAAGAUCACACCAAGAGGCGAGUAGUGGUGCUGAUGAGGACAAUGAUGUGAAAGACGACCAGGCCUUCGGUGGUGAGCAGCAGUGGUCUGCAAAACUACCUACCUGGACUUGGAUUCUCCAGUUCCUCAUUCUCGGUCCCUUCACUAUAAUCAUCAUUGGGCAGGUCGGCCUUCUGCUCGCCACAGCAACAGCGCAAACCGGCGCUGAUGGCAGCCCCCUUUUCCUACCCUACCUCGUUACGGCACUCUUUUCGGUCCUGAUCCUUCUACCGCUAGGGCCAUUCGCCCACCGCAUAACUCACCACAUCCCGACAUUCCUCUUCCUUGUCUUCAUCGGGACACUGAUCUAUAACCUUACCGCCUUCCCUUUCUCAGCCGAGAACCGCUACAAAGCCUAUUUCCAACAAACUGUAGACUUAGACAGUGGUAUCAGCCGUGUCUCCCUCGUCGGACUCGAAGAAUAUAUCCGAGAUAUCAUCUCCUACAUUCCCUCCUCAGCAGGGCAGAAAAUCGACUGCACAGAAAAUCCCAUGAUCAAAUCUGGUCUAGAUUUCUGCACCUACGAAGGCCCAGCGCCCAAAGUAGUCAACAAUAUUGAAGACGGCAUCCCCCCAGAAAAGGCGUACUCGAGCUGGCUUACCUACAACGUAACCCGCAACCCCGGCGAAAACAAGGCCACGUUCCACAUCUCCGGCCAAGAAACCAAAGCCUGCAUCCUCCGCUUCAACGACCCCUUCACAGCCUUCCACGUUAAAGGCGCAGCUCCCAGCAAUGGAAAAUGGGCCGACGUCCCCGCAAGCGGAAGCGACCAGAUUAAACUCUGGCACAGAGAUUGGAAUCGCGAGUGGGUUGUGGACGUAGAAUGGCCUGUGAGCGAAGGGAAAAGAGAAGGUGAAGAGGGACGCAGUGGAAGAGUUGUGUGCUUAUGGAGUGAUAACAAUGUCCCUGGCGUGAUACCUGCAUUAGAUGAAGCAAGGAGAUUUGCGCCCAAGUGGACGAGUAUUGUGAAAUUGAUGGAUGGGUUGGUGGAGGGGAGUAAGGCGUUUGUAGUCUGA